AUGGUUGCUAAAAGAUCAAACAGAAGCAAGGCCCCCAGUAGUAGGGAUGAGACCGAUCCAUAUGGCUUGAACGAAGUUGACGAUUUUGCUUCAAAGAGGGAAAAAGUUUUACUUGGAAAUUCCACUCUUGCUGGCGGUGCUAACAAUGAUGACGAUGAUCCAUUAUUAGAAGAUGAGGAGGAAGAAGAAGUUUUGGCUAUGGACGAUGCUGAUGAGUCUUCAGAUGAUGAAGAAGAAGAAGAAGAAGAAGAAGAAGAAGAAGAAGAGAAACUGGAUGGUGCUGAAGCUUAUAAGAAGAUAUUUGGCAGAAACUUAGAAACCGAUCAGCCUCUAGAAGAAGAUGAAGAGCACGGUAUGCUGGAUAACGAAAAUGCCUGGGGCUCUACAAAAGGCGAAUACUAUGGGGCUGAUGACUUGGAUGAUGAAGAAGCAGCUAAAGAAAUUGAAAAGGAAGCAUUACGACAACAAAAGAAGCAUUUGGAAGAACUCAAUAUGAACGAUUAUUUAGAUGAGGAAGAAGAAGAAGAGUGGGUUAAAAAUGCUAAGGAAUUUGACAUGGGUGAAUUCAAGAGCUCGACCAAACAGCCAGAAACGAAGGUUUCCAUCAAGGAUAUUUUAAAUAUGGAUGGCGAAGCAAGAGACAACUAUUUAAAAACAAUGUUUCCUGAAUUUUCUCCACUUUCCAAAGAAUUUACAGCGCUAGCACCCAAGUUAGAAGAAUUAAAGAAAUCUGAGGAAAACGAAUUCUCAAAAUUAAAAGUAAUUGCUCUUGGAAGCUAUCUAGGUACAAUAUCGUGCUACUAUAGCAUCAUGCUUCAUGAGCUCCAUAAUAAUGAAGACUUCACUUCCAUGAAGGGACAUCCAGUCAUGGAAAAGAUUUUAACAACAAAGGAGAUUUGGAGGCAAGCUAGUGAACUACCAUCCGAUUUUGACAUGAUUGAAGAAGAGGGAUCCGAAAGCGAAGGAACGUCAAACAUUGAAGCAUUCAAUGAGGAUAAGUUGAAUGCUUUGGAGGGCGAUGAAGUUUCCAGCGUGGAAGAAAGCGAACAAGAACAGAAUGAAGACGGCGAAGAGGAUGAAAGCGACGAUGACGUGGAUAUUGAUGAUUUUGAAGAAUAUGUAGCCCAAUCGCGUGUACCUUCAAAACCAAAAUCAUCAGCUACAUCUGAAGCUGAUGAUUUUGUAGAAUCUGAAAUUGCUGAUGUAGAUGCACAAGACAAAAAGGCCCGUAGGAGAACUUUACGUUUCUACACAUCCAAAAUUGACCAACAGGAAAAUAAAAAAAUAGACAGAUUUAAAGGUGAUGAUGAUAUUCCAUAUAAAGAACGUUUAUACGAAAGACAACAACGUCUGUUGGAAGAGGCUCGUAAACGUGGUGUGCAUGACAAUAAUGGUGCUGAUCUAGACGGUAAGGAGUAUGGCCCAGAAGAUGAGGCAGUUUCUAAGAGUAUCAAUACCGAAGGUGAGAACGACUACUAUCAACAAAUACAAAGAGGUAAGCAAGACAAAAGAGCCUCCCGUAAACAAGCUCAUAAGAACGCUGUUAUUGCUGCAAGGGAAGGCAAAUUAGCUGAAUUGGCUGAAAACGUUGCGGGUGACGGUAAGCGUGCUAUCAAUUACCAAAUCUUGAAGAACAAGGGUCUAACGCCUAGAAGAAACAAGGACAACAGAAACUCUCGUGUCAAAAAGAGAAAGAAGUACCAAAAAGCGCAAAAGAAACUCAAAUCUGUUCGUGCUGUUUAUUCUGGUGGCCAAGCUGGUGUCUAUGAAGGUGAAAAGACAGGUAUUAAGAAGGGUUUGACAAGAUCUGUCAAAUUCAAGAACUGA